AUGCAGCAUGCCGAAGAUGCGAGGCCAGCCCAAACUAAAGAGAUCGCAGGAUGGCGAUUGGCGGUCAUCUUCUUCUGCCUGUCGAUUCUCUUGCUCCUCUCCUUGAUGGACGAGACCAUCGUCGCGACUGCUCUCGUGGCCAUCAGCAUCGAAUUUAACAACUUCCAAACCUCACUCUGGAUCGUCCUGGGCUACACUCUCACCUACUUGGGCUUCGCAGUCUUGUCUUACCGUCUUGCCGAUGUCUAUGGCCGAAGGCUCGUCGUCCUCUUCGGAGCCUUCAUAUUUACGGCGUUCUCGUUCGGAUCAGGCUUUCGCCCAGAGCAUGAAUCAGCUCAUCGCAUGCAGAACUUUGCAAGACUCCUACCGCUUGCAAGCUCGAUCAUCGGCAUUGUUCUGGCCAUAUCUGGUGCCGUCGGUCCGGCAUUGGGAGGAGUCAUCACUUCUCACAGUUCCGGAGAUGGAUCCUGGAUGAACCCUCCGGUUGCAGUCCCGACCAUGCUGGUUCUCUACUUCAUCUGGCCAGCCGAUACCGAGCAGACUCGCGGAACAAAUCUCAUCCACGUGGAACUGUCGCAGGUUGACUUCGUUGGCGCUGCACCUCUGCUCCUCUUCACCACCGCCUUGACAUUUGGGUGUCAGGAGGGUGGUAGUCGAGCCUACAGCUGGAGCUCACCCGUGAUCGUCGCACUGCUAGCCAUUUCUGGAAUUUUGUUCGUUGCAUUGCUCGCUUGGGCGUUUGCUCUCGAUCGACUGACGUACUUCAAGGACACGGCUGAGAUCCUGCCAUGGCGGAUUUUGACAGACCGUAUAUUACUGUCUGCGAUCACGUAUGACCCGUCAGCAUGUCUCGAUCCCUCAACACAGAGUCGAGAUCACGCCCUCGCACAAGGUCUUCUCGCCCAGGCCCGAGUCGUGGGAGGUACUCUCGGAGUCGCGACCAGCAGCGCCUUGUUCGCCAAUCACAUUGCUGACCUGACAGAUAUAUCAUCUACCGAGCAGAUCAGCACUGUAUCCCGGAAUCCCAGCUUCAUCAGUCAGGUUGACCUGACCCGCCAGGUAGCGGCGCGAGCAGUAUUCGCAUUGGCUUUUAACGAGGGACUGAGGAUCUGCACUUACAUUGCGGCCAUAUCGCUCGUCAUAUCCCUGCUUGUUUGGCAGAAGCACCCACCGACGAUCCAGAAAAGGAAGAGUCAGGUCGAGGCCUCGAUGCUGGAGGCGCCAGAGUCUACUGCGAUUGGUUUGGAGCAGGUUCAAGGGGCUACGGACAAGACAACCUGUGCAGUGGGCAGAGCAACAUAG